GUAACGACUGGAAAUCUCCCAACCUACGCUCGGGUAUUUUCGUAAUCAGAAUUUUAAACGAUACUUAAUAUUUCCGGAGAUCGACGGAAAUACUGUGCAGUGGAAGAGUUUCAAUAAUAUGUGCAACCUUGACCUUUAUCAAGGACACUGGUUUGCGGAUUUCUGGUCCUAGAUGUUUUGAUGUAUAUGCAAUUGUCAUCAGUUGGUGUUUCGUGAAAACUGUGCUAGAAGAAAAUGUCAUCGGGCGCUUACGUUCACUCGGACGCGGACAAGCGGAAACAAAUCAGUAUCCGUGGGAUUGCACCCGUGGAAAAUGUGGCGAACGUAAAGAAGACUUUCAACCGUCACCUGCACUACACGCUGGUGAAAGAUAGGAAUGUGGCCACCCCGCGGGACUACUACUAUGCACUGGCACACACUGUCCGAGACCACCUGACCGGGCGAUGGAUUCGAACACAGCAGCAUUACUAUGAAAAGGAUCCAAAGCGUGUGUACUACCUCUCCCUGGAGUUCUACAUGGGUCGCACCCUGUCCAACACGAUGGUCAACCUCGGCAUCCAGAGCUCAUGUGACGAGGCCAUGUACCAGCUGGGCCUGGACAUUGAAGAGUUGGAGGAGAUUGAGGACGACGCCGGCCUUGGAAACGGGGGUCUGGGUCGCCUGGCAGCCUGCUUCCUCGACUCCAUGGCAACCCUUGGCCUCGCCGCAUAUGGGUACGGCAUACGCUACGACUAUGGCAUCUUUGCUCAGAAGAUUGAGAACGGUUGGCAGAUUGAGGAGCCAGAUGAGUGGCUCAGAUACGGUAACCCGUGGGAGAAAGCAAGACCUGAGUACGUACUGCCAGUCAACUUCUUCGGACGCGUAGAGGAAAAGGACGGCAAGAAAAAAUGGGUGGACACACAGGUGGUGUUUGCAAUGCCGUACGACAGUCCAAUCCCUGGAUACGGCAACAACACUGUGAACACCAUGAGACUGUGGUCGGCCAAGGCUCCAAACAGCUUCAACCUUCGCUUCUUCAACAGCGGUGAAUACAUCAAUGCAGUGUGUGACAGAAACCUUGCAGAGAACAUUUCUCGUGUCCUGUACCCCAAUGAUAAUUUCUUUGAGGGUAAGGAGCUCCGUCUGAAGCAGGAGUACUUCCUGGUGGCAGCCACCCUGCAGGACAUCAUACGCAGGUUCAAGUCGUCACGCUUUGGUUGCCGCGACCCUGUACGCAGCUCGUUUGACGCUUUCCCUGGCAAAGUAGCUAUCCAGCUGAACGAUACCCACCCUGCCAUGGCAAUCCCAGAGCUGAUGCGUAUCUUCGUGGAUAUUGAGGAUCUGCCAUGGGAGAAGGCGUGGCAGAUCACUGUGGCUACCUGCGCAUACACGAACCACACAGUGCUGCCAGAGGCCCUGGAGCGCUGGCCGGUCUUCCUCCUGGAGAGCCUGCUGCCGAGGCACCUACAGAUCAUUUACUACAUCAACCACCUCUUCCUUGAGGAAGUGAGGAAGCAUUUCCCAGGCGAUCUUGGUCGCCUUCAACGAAUGUCAAUUGUUGAAGAACAUGGAGAGAAGAAGAUCAACAUGGCCCAUCUGGCCAUUGUCGGGUCACAUGCCAUCAACGGAGUGGCUGCCAUCCACUCGGAGAUCAUCAAGAACAACACUUUCCGGGAUUUCUAUGAGAUGUUCCCAGAUCGAUUCCAGAACAAGACAAACGGUAUAACUCCUCGUCGCUGGCUGCUGUUGUGUAACCCAAGCCUGUCAGACGUCAUUGCUGAGAAAAUCGGUGAGGAGUGGGUGACUGACCUGUACAAGCUAACAGAUCUGAAGCAGUAUGACACCAACGAGGCAUUCCUUCGAACUCUUACCAAGGUCAAACAGGAGAACAAGAUGAAGCUAGCAGAGUACAUUAAGACAGCGUACAACAUAGAGGUCAACAUCUCGUCCAUGUUUGACAUUCAGGUGAAGAGGAUCCAUGAGUACAAGCGUCAGCUCAUGAACUGUAUGCACAUCAUACACCUCUACAACCGCAUCAAGAGUGACCCCAACAGACCUGUUGUCCCUCGCACUGUCAUGAUUGGUGGGAAGGCGGCUCCAGGCUACCACAUGGCCAAGCUGAUCAUCAAGCUGAUCAACACGGUGGCUGACGUGGUCAACAACGACCCCAUCGUCGGUGACAAGCUGAAGGUCGUGUACCUGGAGAACUACCGUGUGUCCCUCGCAGAGAAGAUCAUGCCAGCCGCAGACCUCAGUGAGCAGAUCUCUACAGCCGGAACAGAGGCGUCAGGGACAGGCAACAUGAAGUUCAUGCUGAACGGCGCCCUCACUAUCGGGACACUGGACGGGGCCAAUGUGGAGAUGAUGGAGGAGAUGGGAGCUGAGAACAUCUUCAUCUUCGGCAUGACUGUGGAAGAGGUGGAGGCACUCAAUAAGAAGGGAUACAAGCCCGAGGACUACUACAGGAAUAACGCCACUAUCCGCAACAUCAUGGAUCAGAUUAAUAACGGAUACUUUAACCCAGACCAGCCUGCGCUCUUCAGGGAUAUAUUCAACUCUCUAGUACAUCAUGACAGGUUCAUGCUGUUUGCAGACUUUGAUGCCUAUGUUAAGUGCCAGGAUAGAGUCAGUGAAGUGUUCAAGGACCAGCUAAAAUGGUCCAAGAUGUGUCUCCACAACAUAGCUUCGUCUGGCAAGUUUUCCAGCGACCGCACUAUAUCUGAGUACGCCCGGGACAUAUGGGGCACUGAACCCACGGAGUUCAAGCUGCCAGCACCACACGAGAGCCCACUCCAAUACGAUGAUAGCAACAACGCACCGGCCAAAAAAUGAGUGCUACAUUAUAUAGGUUAUAGGAAUUAGUUAGUAACCAAAAUUUAUAAACAAGUGAACACAAUUACUGUACAAGUAUUUGAGUAUUUUAUGAAAGUCAACAUAACAUUAUGUGUGUUAUUUGUGCGAUUUAAAAACAACACAAAAAAGAACAUUUGAGGAUUAAUAAGUAUGUUUAAAGUCAACAUAAAAUGUGUGCGAUUAAAAACACAACACUACAAGAACAUUGUUGAUGAAGAUUUAUGUUGACUGUUGCGUGUGUUUGAACAUUUAUCAAAAUAAAUCACUGUUUGAUUUAUGCUUUGUUUAGAGAAAUCUGUUUUGUUGGAAUAACUUAGAUUGAUAUUUACAUUCUUCAAAAGAAAAUGUGACAUUUUAUCUCAAAUUUCUCUGUUGUAACAAGAUAAGCUUCAUAUGAAAACUUGCAUUACUAAUGAUGUUAAGACAAAAUAAUUAUAAACAAAAAAUACAUGACAGAUGGUCACUUUCAUCAAUAUAUUUUAUGUAUACAAGUCCAUAAAUUUGGGGCUGCUUUCUGAAAACAUCACUAGUAUGAAAUUUGAAACAAACUAUGUCACUUGUCUUUAUUUUGUUAAAACAGAUUCAUGAAAGGAAAAAAAAGAGUAAAUAUUGGUGCUUGUGCAUGCUUUUUAAAAAAUAGUAAGAACAUUUACUUCUUCUAUAAACUGUAUUAGAGUCAAUGGUCUAUUUAUCGUCAAUCAGUUAAUGUUAGUAUGUAUGUAUCAUGUAUCCAAUGGUAUAUUCUAGUAUUGUUUGUACAAUAGUGUGCACUCAGGCAUUUGUAGUUUUAUUGGAACACAUGAGUGACAUUACCGGUAACUGUGAUAUGUCAGUGUGUUUAUCAAUGCAACCCUUCACUACAAGGGGCAAGUAUCUGUUUCAUGAAAGGAAGAUCUGUAUCAAGCAUUUAGCCGCGCUCUGAGAAAACAUGGCUUAAUUGAUGUGCUUAAAUGUGAUCCCAGAUUAGCCUGCUCAGUCUGCACAGGGUAACCAGGGACGACACUUUUUACUUUUAUGGAAUUUUUUGUUUUAAUAAGAUCUCCUCUAAACAAAAAUCCAGUUACGGUGAAGUGUUAUCCCUGAUUAGCUUGUGUGAACUGCACAGUCAAAUCUUGGAUGACACUUAAAACACAUGCAUUAAGCCCAGUUUUCUCAGAAUGAGGCUUCAUGACUGCUUUGUUGUUUUUAUUAUUUACUUUAAUGUUUUUGUUUGAUCUUUUUGGGCAUUUGAUGUUGACUACUCUUUGAUUUAUCUUGAAACAAACGUCAAUGGUCACUGAGUCUAGUCAGACCUAUUAUCAGCCUAUAUCUAAAAUGUCUAUUUUUCCCCUUUAUUAACUAGUUUUUCCUGGGUAAUUUGUUUUUUAACCCUCAGCUCUUUCUCAACACUCACUUGAUUUUGUCUCAGCGCAGUAUAUUCCAUGUUCUUAUGGUGCCUCUUUAAAUAUACAAACAUCUCAAAGCUGCAAUCAUGAUAUGCCCUAUUGGACACAUUUGUGAGAUAAAUUAUUGUUCAAGAUACCGGUACCAUAAGAUUUUAUUGGCCAGUUUCAAUAAAGGCAGACUCUUUAAUGUUUCAUUUGUUAUCUCAAAUCCACAUGAAACUAUGCAAUCACUUACAAUAAAAAAUCAGUGUUAAUGUAUUUGGAUUCCACAAACAUAAAAUUUACUGUGCUUAGUAUUUUAUUGCACUCAUGAAUUGUGGUAUGAUAGCAGUUGCGUGCAAAUGUUUCAAUGAAUUAAAAUUAUACAUGUCUGAUGAAGCAAAUAUCUAUGUUAUAUUUGAAUACCGCAUUUGUACAACCAAAGAUAAAUGUGCUGAUAUGCGCUAAUAAACAUUUACACUUAUCUUUUUCAGAAAUGUAACUGUUUGUUAAGUGUAUAAUUUAUGUAACUUUUUGAUAAGUAUUUAAUUUAUAUACUAAGAAACAUCAAGACCGUCAAAGGUAAUGAUGUUCCAUUCUUUUGUUGAUUUCUUUUUUGUUAGCAUUUAUUUUCUAUGCUUUACUUUUAUUUUCAUCUUCCAUAGUUUUUUUAUGUUUAUGUAUAUUCCUAAACUAUUUGUUUACAUUUCCAACAAAAGAACACACUUAUUUUCAUGGUUGUUUUAAUGGUUAACAUAUUGACUAGUUCAAACCAAAGUUUCAAAAGAACACAACACAAACUAAAAUCUGUAUGACUUUCUUUAUCAAGAUAAGAUUGCAAUUAAUUUUAUGUAUUUUUGUAAACAUUCUUUAACUUUACUUAGCCCCAAGACAUGGGAUUGUUGUUAAAAUAUUAAUAAUAAAAUUUGAACUCUU